AUGAAAGUGCUUACCACCAAUUUUUUGAAAUGCUCGGUCAAGGCGUGCGAUGUGAGCAAUGACAACUUCCCAUUGCAGUACGAGGGUGCCAAAUGCCAGCUCGUCCAGAACGAGAACAUUGAAUUCAACCCGGAGUUCAUGCUGAAUAUCUUGGAGAGGGUAGAAUGGGAUGCAGUGGUGCGCGUGGUUUCCGAGCUGGGGAACGCGGGACUGCCGACGACGAAACCGGAGCUCCCCGCAGACGCGGACCAGCUGUCCGAGGAAGAUAUAAUCAUCCUGCGCGACCUGCACACUUUACUGAUCCAGACCUCGAUUACGGAGGGCGAAAUGAAGUGCAGGAAUUGCGGCCACAUAUACUUCAUUAAGAACAGCAUUCCAAACCUCCUACUCCCACCACACUUGGCCUGA